GUCUUUCAUUACCGAGAUCCUGCAGACCGAAAAGACAUGGGGUGCUCUAAUAAAGAAGCUCCUGUCCCGCCGUCGUCGCCGCCCCGCCGCCCGUCAGGUUGAACAAGGUCACUCUCCCACACGUCCCCUCUCAUUGAACAGUAAUUCUUAAUUCCAUUUGCACAAGCAGCGCCAUGACUACGACCGACGCCGUCGAGGCACCUAAUGACGUGAAGAGGGUCUCUACCAACGAAGACAACAAGAUCGAAGAUGUUCAUGAGAAACAAGCAAGUUCAGACAAUGACGCCGAAGCGCACCACAUCCAGAUACCAGAGGCGGAGGCGAACCGCAUCUUGAGGAAAGUUGAUGUGCGAUUAGUUCCGAUUCUCUCGCUACUUUACCUCGUUGCCUUCAUAGACCGCAGUAACAUCGGCAACGCAAAGAUCGCGGGUCUAACAGAUGAUCUCAACAUGCAUGGCUUGCAAUACAAUACGGCUGUAACGCUGUUCUUCGUCCCAUAUACUUUGCUAGAGGUCCCAAGCAAUAUUGUUCUGAAGAUGAUGCGGCCAAGCCAUUGGAUGGCCAUCCUCAUGUUUUCCUGGGGCUUGGUUAUGACUCUCAUGGGCAUCGUAAACAGUUAUUCUGGUUUGCUGGCCGCGCGCUGGUUCCUUGGAGUUGCUGAGUCUGGGUUCUUCCCCGCCGCGACCUUCUUGCUUACUCUAUGGUACCGAAGAUAUGAAGUCCAACGGCGCAUGGCAGUUUUCUAUGUCGCAGCGUCGUUGUCAGGAGCAUUCUCGGGAUUGCUGGCAUACGGCAUCCAGAAACUCGACGGCCGAUCCGGUCUGUCUGGAUGGCAGUGGAUCUUCCUUAUUGAGGGCCUCGUCCCCGUUGCCUUGGCCCUUAUCAUCUGGAAGAUCUUGCCCGACUCGCCCGAAACCGCGAGUUUCUUAACGCAGCCUGAGCGAGACUUCUUGGUCAAUCGAUUGGCAGAUGAGACUGGCUCGGGUGCAGGAAAAGUCACCAACCAGGACAAGAUCAAAAAGCAUCAUAUUAUUGCUGGUCUCUCCGACUGGAAGAUUUGGGCUGCAAUCGUCAUCUUCUGGGGAAACACUUGCGGUGUCUAUGGAUUCACUGCAACCGUUCCUACCGUCAUCAGAGAACUCGGCUACUCGGCCGCGAACGCCCAACUACUCACCAUUCCCAUCUACGUCUUUUCCUCGAUCCUGACUCUAAUCUUCGCCUGGUACUCCGACCGCCUCCGCGUCCGCUCUCCCUUCAUCGCUGUAGGCUUUAGCAUCGCCGCCUGCGGCUUCAUUGCCCAACUCGCGAUCCCGCAUCCAAAGUACCCAGGUCUAACCUACGCCUUCCUAUUCCCCGUCGCGGGGGGUCUCUACUGCCCCUUCAUCUGCCUCGUAGCCUGGAUCGCGAACUCCCUCGCCCCGUCCUCCAAACGCGCUGUCGGCAUGGCUCUCCUCAUCUCCGUGGGCAACAUGGGCGGCAUCAUGGGGUCGAACAUCUACCUAGCCCGCGAGGCACCCAAGUAUCGCACCGGAUUCGGCGUCAGUCUUACCAUGUGCGUUCUGUCUGUUCUGAUGACAUUCGUGCUUAGGUGGGGUUACGAUAGGGAGAAUAAGAGGAGGGAUCAGCUGUUCCGGGACAAUACUGAGGAGGAGAUUAGGGCUAGAUAUUCGGAGCAGGAGUUGUUGGAUUUGGGGGACAAGAGCCCGUUCUAUAGGUACACGCUGUGAGAAAACUUGGAACAUCCCUUGUUUGGAAAUGGAUGAUGGCGAAAUGGGCCCGUGGCGGAGGGAAGCAAGCAGCUUUCUGUGUCGAAAAGUGCGUGGACACUCGAGUGAAAAGGUGUACAUGCAAAAAUAGGUCCAGCUUCAGCUCGAUAACUCUUUCUUCCAAAUACACUAAAUUCACG